AUGGCUGCCGUCAAAGCUCUUAACCCGAAAGCAGAGGUGGCCAGGGCCCAGGCCGCGCUGGCGGUUAACAUCAGUGCGGCCCGGGGGCUCCAGGAUGUGCUGAGAAGUAACCUGGGACCGAAAGGGACCAUGAAAAUGUGAGUCCAACCCUUUGUGCAGCACGCGUGCUAGCUCUGCUAACAGGCUAACACGAGCUGCAGUUCACGUGAAGACUGUGCGCGCAGGGAGCGUUAUCGUCGCCCAUUUGCUAUGAAAAUGUGCAUUAAUUGACAGAUUGGAAACUCCCCUCGGUGUACUUGUUUCUAAACCCUAUCAUAAAGUACUUUAAUCAGAAUUUGGGCCUUGGCUUUGCUAAAAGGAGAGCGGAUAUUCCCGGCACACGUUGUCCUGCCCAGUCAUCGUCACGAACCGUUUUGACAACCACCAAGCUAAUGUUAGCAUAUUAGCAGAUUAGGCUAAUGUCUCUCUGUCAGGUCUUAACACUAACAUGGAGUCAGUACUGCUGUUUUAGUUUAAUGUGUUUCCCACGGAUAAUGUUGCUCUAUUGAUGCUGUCACAAAACAGAUUAUUUGAAGAAGUAAGGGUUUACGGUUUAUGUACAUAAUCCCUGUGUCGGUGGGUUAGCAGAGUUUAGAAUAUACUUCAUUUUUCAAUGAAUGGGCAGGGCAGACUGGAAUUUUAAACAACAUUAUAAUCCGGUUUACGGUUUUCUACAGUCAACAUGAACUCUUUUUCUUCCUGUUUGGGUUCACAGGCUGGUGUCUGGUGCAGGAGACAUAAAGCUGACCAAAGAUGGCAAUGUCUUGUUACAUGAGAUGGUAAGAAAUGACUUUAGUCUUCGAUGAUGGUAUUUUUAUUUGGCCAACAUUUGCUGUUAUUCUCUUUUGUUGCUGUCUUGUGUUGUUGUUCUGCUUUUAUGUAACUUCACUUUUUGUUAAUGAGUGACCACACCCUCCUGUCAAAAGAUGCAGUCCAAAUCACAUCAACAUUUAAGCCAUCAUCUGUAUAUACAAUAAGGAUUUAUUCUUCACAUAUGAUUAAGUGGUUUUUACUCAGGAUCUGGUAUUACACCCUCUCUUUCCAGGUACCACAUCACUCUAGUGUUGACAGUGGGCUUGAAUAGCUGGACUUGUCUGCUGUACAUUUUAAACUAUCUCUAGAAAGAAAAAAAAAAACUAAGUGUAUUGUUGAACAGGUGUGAACUGUUCAUAUGUUUCCCAGCCAAACAAGAAUUCUUAAAAGCAGCAGGCGAGCUAGUCCAUGAUGGUAAAAGUCCACAGUUAGAGCCUUCUGCUGCGUUUGAGUUACCUCAGAAGUCGGGGCUGAAAAUGACGUCACACCCGAGUUCCAAGCAUUUCAGUUACCAAGUCAGAAAAAAGCUAAAUUGGAGCUGAAUUGAAACAAGAUGGCUACAUCUACAGAAGUUAUUGUAGCAGUUGUCUUGUCCGAUAAUAAGGCAAGUGCUAAAAUAACUUUCGUAGAUGUAGCCUUCUUGUUUCAAUUUAGCUCCAAUUUAGCUUUUUUUCCGACUUGGUUACUGAAGCGCUGGUAACUCGGGUGUGAUGUCAUUUUCAGCUCCGACAUUUGAUUUCUGAGGUAACUCGAAUGCAGCCUUCUUGUUCCUUUAAUCUGACUUCAGUAAAACUAUUGAAAUGACUUUGAUUUGGUGUUUCACAAUGUCUUCCUUUUUCUUUUUCCUAACAGCAAAUCCAGCACCCAACAGCGUCACUCAUUGCUAAGGUUGCGACGGCACAGGAUGACAUCACAGGAGACGGGACCACCUCUAAUGUCCUCAUCAUCGGUGAACUGCUGAAGCAGGCUGACCUCUAUGUGUCAGAGGUAAAAGAGAAUCAACUCUUCAUUAGGCUUCACAGUCACGAGGCAGCGUGGCUCCAAACCAUUUUGUUUGUUUGUUUGUUUAGCCUGUUUCCAGUAUUUACCACUGGAUACUUUUUCCUGCUAUAACAACCGUUCAUUUUGUUCUGUAGGGCCUUCAUCCAAGAAUCAUUGCUGAGGGCUUUGAGGCAGCGAAAGAGAAAGCCCUGGCUGCACUGGAGGAGUUGAAGGUGACACGUGAGAUGGACAGAGAGACCCUCAUCAACGUAGCACGCACCUCCCUAAGAACCAAGGUCCACGCGGAGCUGGCAGACCUGCUCACAGAGGUGAGACAAGGAGGGAUGAAGCUCAGUGAACCAGUGUUCAAGGGUCUCACCUUAGACACCAUACAGUGAUUCUUUUCUGGGUCAUUCUCACUUUAAAUAGACUUGUCCAUCAUUUUUGCUCUGAAAUGGGAAGAGUGUCACUCACAAGCUACCUCAGCCUCCUGUUCUCUUUUUAUUCAGAAAACUAAAAACGUCAUAUCUAAAGUGAUGCAUUUUAAAUAACUUUAUUUACAUUUCCAUUAAAAGAUUGAUGACUCAGUGCUAUGUAUGCAUGUAAGCACACAGGUGGUGCUGACUUCAGGUAGUUUGUGUCAAAGAAUUCAAGUGUUUUUUUUUUUUUUUAUGUCAAGUGUUUCCCUAAUUUUUGCUAACUUCCUGUUUUUCUUUCGUGGUGUGAUGUCUCUCUGUAGGCUGUGGUUGAUGCCGUGCUCGCCAUAGCUAAACCCAAUGAGCCCAUCGACCUGUACAUGGUGGAAAUCAUGGAGAUGAAGCAUAAGACUGACUGCGAUACACAGUGAGUUUGAACAAAACUGGAGACUUAGUACAUCAGGAAAUUUGUUUCUGUUGUUUAAGAGGUGUGGGGACAUAUAGUAGUCACAGGCAGAUAAUGAAUGCUGCUUUUUUUUGCUUUUGUUUCAAAGACUGAUCAGAGGUUUGGUGUUGGACCACGGUGCUCGUCACCCAGACAUGAAGAAGAGGGUGGAGGAUGCCUUUGUGCUGACCUGCAACGUCUCCUUGGAGUACGAGAAGACCGAGGUCAACUCCGGCUUCUUUUACAAGAGUGCUGGGGAGAGGGAAAAGCUCGUGGCUGCAGAAAGGAAAUUCAUUGAAGAUCGCGUGCAGAAGAUCAUUGCCCUGAAAAACAAUGUCUGUUCCAACGGCGAGAAGGGUUUCGUUGUCAUUAACCAGAAGGUAUGCUGUGGUUUAUGUGUUGGUAACAGAAAUGGCUCAAAGGACCUCAGCAGUUAAAAAACGCACAGCCCACAUCAUUUUCUUUCUCUCUUUGAUUGGCUCUCACAGUUCAGACUUUACAACAACCAUCUGUUGAAUGUAGUAAAUACAAAUGUGUUUCUAUACCUGUCCUCAAAUUAGAUUUUAUUGGUAAGAUUUUGUCAUUAAAAAAGAAAUAUUUUAGUCAGAUUCAUGCAUAAUUCUAGGGUUGACUUUAGGGACUGAAAAUAUUGUUUGGUAAGUGAAAACUGAAGCCUUGUCAAUCCCUCUCAGCGCACAGUGAACACCCAAGGCUGCUUACGUAGUUCCCCCUGGUCUAUAAUCUGUGCUACAGCAACUCUGAUCUGUACCUCUGCAUUUGGAGAGCCUACUUCUCCCCAACAUGUAUUCAACAGAUCAGAAUAAUGUUAAGACCUCUCUGCAAAAAAAAAAAGUAUUUUUCUGACUUUAAUGGUGAGGAAUAACACUUGUUUUUUUUCUCUCUGUAUUGUGCAGGGUAUUGACCCAUUCUCUCUGGAUGCCCUUGCAAAGGAGGGCAUCGUGGCACUGCGCAGGGCAAAGAGGAGGAACAUGGAGAGGUGAAGUAACAUACUCUCUUUUUACAGAUCAGGGGCCUAUCCUUUACAGUGGAAAAACUAGUUAUUUUUGUUUUGUUUUGUUUAUGAGCAACUAAUUUCAUUGAGCAGACUGUUUUUUUGUAAGCCACUUAUUGAAGCUUUAAUAGUUUUGUCAAUGCAUUUCUAGACUCAUCCUCUCCACUGUGUAUCCACUAUGCACUGGCAGUAAAGCUGCCCUUGGUGCUUCUGUCCAUCUUCUGCGUGGAAUACCAUGAAACAAUAGAAUACCUCUCUCUGCACUUUGUAUUAGUUUACUGGUCAGAGAGGCAGCUUUUCCUAGAUUCAGUGUUUAAAGUGUAUUGAAUACACCAAAUUUUACCACAACUAGCUGUCAAGAAAUGCUGGAUUUUUUAGUGAACAUCAGAUCCCUAUUUAUCACAAUUUUAGUUUACAUGGUCUCAAGGGAGCCUAUAAAGAUUAAAAGUAGUCUCAGUAAGUCAUAUGGAUAAGUCAAAUCUGUCUAGGGUUUUUUUUUUUAAAUCUUUUUACACAAAGAUCUCCCGCUAGUUAUCCUCUGGGCAAAUAAUCUGGUUUAAUUUCUUAGAAAACGAACUACUAGAAUUGUGGACCUGAUCCAUUUUGUCCUCAUUGUGAAUUGCAGUAAGUUGCACAGCGAACACCCAAGGAUGCUAACGUGGCUCUCCCUGGUCUCUCAUGUCUGUGCUACAGUGAUUCUGAUCUUUUCCUCUGCAUUAGGAGAGUUUUAGUCUCUGCUACAUGUAUUCAGCUGAUCAGAACAUAUUUUUCCUCAGAGAAUUUCCUCACUCUGUUUUUGUCGAGUCAAAUUAUUACACUCAUUUUUUUGGAAUCUAUUAUUUAUUUGUACCCCUACAGCUGUUGAUUUUAGGGCUGUUUAUUUCCAGCUCCACAAUAUCAAAUGUUUUAUAAAUAUCCUAAUAAAACUGGACUAUUGCUGUUUGUUCCCUUGGCAGGCUGACUCUUGCUUGUGGUGGUAUUGCCAUGAACUCAGUCGACGACCUCACACCUGAAUGCUUGGGAAAUGCUGGUUUGGUUUACGAAUACACACUGGUAAGUAAAUUAUUCAUUUGUUGAGAUUUUCUUCAAAAAUAAAUGAGGAACCAUCACACCCCAAGAUUAUUGUUUUGAAGAGCCUGUGUUUAAAUGUGAUUGGUAGAGGCUGAGCCGUAACUGAUCUCAUGGAUUCUGUUCACAGGGAGAGGAGAAGUACACAUUUAUUGAGAAGUGUAGUAAUCCUCGCUCAGUCACCCUGCUGGUGAAGGGACCCAACAAACACACCCUCACACAGAUCAAAGAUGCCGUCAGGGAUGGUUUGCGGGCGGUCAAGAAUGCAAUUGAAGAUGGUGAGAUACUGAAGAAAUUGACUUUGUUUUAUUUACUGUUUUUGUUUGCAAUUCAUAGUUUAGUUCAUAGGAUUAUUUUUUUUCCGCCUUUUUUCCACUCACUGCUGUCUUUGUAUAUUGACAAUUUCUUCCAAAUAAGCCACAAGAUUUGACUUUGAAGACUUUUCAAUUUUACAUCACUGGCACAUUUAGAAAAAUAUAUCAGUGCUCUUAAGUAAUCGCUCGCAGUGUAUUGUUCUUUCUUACUGUAAUGUGGUUGGUGUCUUGCACAGCGAACACCCAAGGAUGCUAACGUGGCUCUCCCUGGUCUCUCAUGUCUGUGCUACAGUGAUUCUGAUCUUUUCCUCUGCAUUAGGAGAGUUUUAGUCUCUGCUACAUGUAUUCAGCUGAUCAGAACAAAAUCACCAAACCUGUUUUCAUACAGUUCUUUUAAUGGAUACAUUGCUUUUUGUCUUUUUGAAGUGUUUUCUGAGUAUCUCGUUUUAAUGCUCUCUUCGUCUCUUCAGGUUGUGUGGUGCCAGGCGCCGGUGCAUUAGAGGUAGCUGUGGCAGACGCUUUGGUAAAACACAAGCCAAAUGUCAAAGGCAGAGCUCAGCUGGGAGUCCAAGCAUUUGCAGAUGCUCUCCUCGUCAUCCCCAAGGUAAGAGAUUUCUGCCCAACUUCAGUGGUGAUAUGUGUUUGUACAGAAAAUCUUUCAUGUCUUAUGCUGUAUAUGGCUUUUAGCUUCUUUUGCGACACAAAUGGCUAAGUGUAUUUUUGUGACUCUCUUUGUAGGUUUUGGCCCAGAACUCAGGCUAUGACCCACAGGAGACCCUGCUGAAGCUGCAGACAGAGUACAAAGACUCUGGUCUGCUAGUUGGAGUGGACCUCAGCACAGGUCAGAGCCAGGACACUUCGUUAAAAAUAUUUUGGUUGUUUUUGUUUAAGUACUUGUAAAGAAAGACCAUCUUCAUUCUAUCACAAGCUUAUUUUUCAACCUCCAUUGUCCUGAAUGCAGGGGAACCUAUGGUGGCAGGAGAGGCAGGCGUAUGGGAUAACUACAGCGUUAAGAAGCAGCUUCUCCAUUCAUGGUGAGAUUACACAACUCUUAGCUUCGUCACAUCAGUAUCUGAAAUCAUCCCACUGUGCUCUCUCUCAUCUCUAAUCUUGUUCUUUUACAGCACGGUGAUUGCGAGCAACAUCUUGUUGGUGGAUGAGAUUAUGCGAGCUGGAAUGUCUUCCCUAAGAGGUUAA